AUGGCGAGGGACUGCCAGAGCACUGUGUCAGAAAAUAGCCUUACCAAAGUGACUAAAUUCAUCCUGGUGGGAAUUACAGACAGCCCAUGUGUGCAGACCCCUCUUUUUGUCUUGUUAAUACUGAUUUACAUUGUCACUUUGGUGGGGAACGUUGGCAUUAUCGUCUUGGUGCGAGUAUCUCCCAGCCUCCACACCCCCAUGUACUUCUUCCUCACCCAUUUUGCCUUCACUGACAUCUGCUAUUCCACAGUCAUCUCCCCCAGGAUGCUGGCAGACCUGUUGUCAGAGGAGAAAACCAUUUCUUUCUUUGGCUGCAUGAUGCAGUUCAUCUCCUUUGCCGCCUUUGUUACUAUUGAGUGUCACCUGCUGGCCAUGAUGGCCUAUGACCGGCACGUUGCUAUCUGCCACCCCCUUCUUUACGUGACCAUCAUCUCCAGCCGUGUCUGCUGGCAGCUGGUAGUAUCAUCCUACCUAUUCACCAUUCUCAGUGCCAUCACCUACACAUGGUGCACAUUUGGAGGUUCCUUCUGUGGUCCCAACCGCAUCGACCACUUCUUCUGCGACAUCUUCCCUGUGCUGAAGCUCGUGUGCUCUGACACCCACACCAGCGAGAUGGUCAUUUUUGCCUUCGUCACUGUCAACAAGGUGAGUACAAGCGUGGUCAUUUUGCUCUCCUACAUCUCUAUCCUCCGCACAGUGCUGAGGAUGUGCUCAGCACAGAGCAGGGCCAGAGCCUUCCAGACCUGCAGCUCCCAUUUGACAGCUGUUGCCUUAUUCUAUGGUGCAACGUUCUUCAUGUACCUACAACCUUCAUCUAGCCACAGGAGCCUGGAUAAGGUGGCCUCCAUCUUCUACACCAUAGUCACCCCUAUGCUCAACCCAUUCAUCUACAGCCUGAGGAACAAGGAGGUGAAGGGAGCUCUGAAGAAGCUGGUGGGAAUCAAGAUCUCAAGCUGCACCUUGGAGUAUCAAGGGGAAUCCCUCCCCAGGCUGCAGCUGCAAACAGAUUUCACUUAG